AGUUUAGAUCCCUUAAAGCUAUCAAAUAUGGCACAGAUGAUCGAUGAAGAUGAGAUAGAGUUCUUCAGUGUUGAGUUGUCAGGGAUUGGAAGAAGUUCCCCAAAUAGUUCAAGGAAGGAUGAUGCUGAUGUUGAAUAUGCAACCCAAUGGGCUGUAAUUGAGAGAUUGCCUACAUUUGAGAGACUAAGGUCAUCUUUAUUUGACAAAGAUAAGGGAAAAAAAGUGAUUGAUGCAACCAUGCUUGGAGAUCGAGAGCGGCAUACAUUUGUGGAGAGGCUCAUCAAACACAUUGAAAACGACAAUCUUAAGUUGUUGAGGAAAAUAAGAGCUAGAAUAGACAAAAUUGGUGUAAAGCUGCCCACUAUAGAGGUAAGAUAUAAGAAUUUGAGUGUGAAAGCUGAGUGUCAGGUAGUUCGGGGAAAGCCUCUCCCAACUCUGUGGACAUCUCUUAGCAGCACUGUUUCUGAUAUUGCAAAGCUUUCAGGUGUUAAGUCCCGCGAAGUCAAGAUAGGAAUCAUUAAUGAUGUCAGUGGCAACAUAAAGCCUGGAAGGAUGACUCUGCUGUCGGGUCCUCCUGGAUGUGGAAAGACCUCCCUAUUAAAGGCUCUCUCAGGAAAUUUAGACAAUUCUCUCAAGAUCAGCGGGGAAGUCUCCUAUAAUGGUUACAAAUUAGAUGAGUUUGUUCCCCAGAAAACUUCUGCUUACAUAAGCCAAUAUGAUCUUCACAUUGCUGAGAUGACUGUGAGGGAAAUCCUUGAUUUCUCAGCUCGGUGUCAGGGUAUUGGAAGCCGAGCUGAGAUUAUGAGGGAGGUAAGCAGGAGAGAGAAGCAAGCAGGAAUAAUUCCAGAUCCAGUGGUUGAUACUUACAUGAAGAUACUUGGACUAGAUAUCUGUGCUGACACAUUAGUCGGAGACGUGAUGAGAAGAGGUAUCUCAGGUGGCCAAAAAAAGCGUUUGACUACAGGGGAGAUGGUUGUAGGUCCCACAAGAGCUUUGUUUAUGGAUGAAAUAACAAAUGGCUUAGACAGUUCAACUGCAUUUCAGAUUGUGGCUUGUCUCCAGCAGCUAGUGCAUAUCACUGAUGCUACGCUACUGAUUUCACUUCUGCAGCCAGCACCAGAGACCUAUGAUCUUUUUGAUGACAUUAUUUUGAUGGCAGAGGGAAAAAUAGUGUAUCAUGGUCCAUGUGAUGAGAUUCUACAAUUUUUUGAUGAUUGUGGGUUUCGUUGCCCUGAAAGGAAAGGGGUUGCUGAUUUUAUUCAAGAGGUCAUAUCUAAAAAGGAUCAAGCCCAGUACUGGUACCACAAUGAACUUCCCUACAGUUACAUAUCAGUGGAUAUGUUGUCUAGGAAAUUCAAGGAUUAUACCAUUGGGAAGAUAAUUGAGGAGGAUCUUUCAUUGCCAUGUGAUAAAUCCAAAAGCCACAGGGACGCUCUCUCCUUUAGCAUGUAUUCUCUUUCAAAGUGGGAACUGUUUAGAGCUUGCAUGUCAAGAGAGCUUCUUCUAAUGAGGAGGAACUCUUUUCUUUAUGUUUUUAAAAUAAUUCAGCUAGCCAUGGUUGCAUCAAUCACAAUGACUUUAUUUUUGCGGACUCGGAUGGAGGUUGAUAUUCUUCAUGGGAUGUACUACAUGGGUGCCAUUUUCUUUACCACUGUUCUAUUUCUUGUGGACGGGAUUCCAGAGUUGUCUAUCACUACUGCAAGACUUGAAGUUUUCUAUAAGCAGAAAGAUUUGCGUUUUUACCCAGCAUGGGCCUAUGCCAUUCCAGCCACCAUUCUAAAGAUUCCCCUUUCUUUUCUGGUAGCUCUUGUUUGGACAUCUCUUACAUAUUAUGUCAUUGGUUACAGCCCUGAGGCUUCAAGGUUCUUCCGCCAGUUAAUUCUACUUGUUGCUCUUCACUUUGCAUCAAUAUCCAUGUUCCGUUUCCUGGCUUCAAUCUUCCAAACUGGAGAUGCUUCUAUGACAGCUGCCUCCAUGCCUGUCUGGUUGAAGUGGGCUUUUUGGCUGUCCCCUCUGACAUAUGCUGAGAUAGGCCUUUCAGUUAAUGAAUUCCUUGCUCUGCGGUGGCAAAAGAUCCUCAUAACAAAUACUACAAUGGGGAAAGUGAUACUGGAAAGCCGUGGACUAAAUUUUGAUGGAAAUCUUUUCUGGAUAUCACUUGGUGCUUUGUUUGGGUUUGCAUUAGUUUUUAAUAUUGGCUUUACCUUAGCCUUAAGUUUUUUCAAAGCUCCAAGAGCUUCUCGUGCCAUUGUUUCGCAAGAAAAGCUUUCCCGUAUGCAAGGGAGAGAAGAUUCAUCUAAUUUUGCAACUAUGGAAGAAAAGGAUAUAAACUCUCACCCUAAUUUGAAAGAAUCAAGGAGAGGCAGGAUGGUUUUACCUUUUGAACCCUUAACAGUAGUAUUUCAGAAUUUGCAGUAUUAUGUCGAUGUGCCUUUGGAAAUGAGAGAACGGGGGUUUGAUCAGGAAAAACUCCAACUUCUUUCAGAUAUUUCAGGUGCCCUCAGACCUGGUGUUCUUACAGCACUGAUGGGCAUUAGUGGAGCUGGGAAAACAACUCUUCUGGAUGUUCUUGCAGGGAGAAAAACUACUGGGUAUAUUGAAGGGGAAAUAAAAAUUGGAGGCUACCCUAAGGUUCAAGAAACUUUUGCUAGGAUUUCUGGUUACUGUGAGCAAACUGACAUACAUUCCCCUCAACUCACUGUGGAAGAAUCUUUGAUUUUCUCUGCUUGGUUGCGUUUGGCCCCUGAAAUUGAAUCAAAAACAAAAGAUGAAUUCGUGAAUGAAGUCCUUGAGACCAUUGAACUUGAUGAAAUUAAGGAUGCAUUAGUUGGCAUCCCUGGGGUUAGUGGUCUAUCAACUGAGCAACGCAAGCGUCUUACAAUAGCUGUGGAGCUUGUUGCCAACCCUUCAAUAAUCUUUAUGGAUGAACCUACUACUGGCUUGGAUGCACGAGCGGCAGCAAUUGUCAUGCGAGCAGUAAAGAAUGUAGUUGAUACCGGAAGAACAAUCGUGUGCACAAUUCACCAGCCAAGUAUAGAUAUAUUUGAAGCCUUUGAUGAGUUGAUUGUUUUGAAAAAUGGUGGUAGUGUAAUAUAUUUUGGACCAGUGGGACAACAUUCGACUGAGGUUAUUGAAUAUUUUGAGGGUAUAUCUGGUGUACCGAAGAUCAGAGAGAAUUAUAAUCCCGCUACCUGGAUUUUAGAAGUCACUUCUCCUUCUGCAGAAGCUGAACUUGGUGUAGAUUUUGCUCAAAUAUACCAGGGUUCUGCUUUGUAUGAGAACAAUAUAGAACUGGUAAAGCAGUUGAGUAGCCCACCUCCUGGAUCCAAAGAUCUGCAUUUCCCAUCCCAUUUUGCACAGAAUGGUUGGGAACAAUUCAAAUCUUGCCUAUGGAAACGGAACUUGUCUUAUUGGAGAACCCCUUCUUACAACCUCUUGCGCAUUAUAUUUGCCUUUGUGUCAUCUUUUCUUUUUGGUGUACUCUUUUGGAACCAAGGACAGAAAAUAGAUGACCAGCAGAAUUUAUUCAAUGUACUUGGUUCCAUGUAUAUUACUGCGAUAUUCUUGGGCAUCAAUAACUGCUCAACAGCAUUACCCCAUAUCGAAAGAGAGAGAACUGUCAUGUAUAGGGAAAGAUUUGCAGGGAUGUACUCUCCAUGGGCCUAUGCUUUUGCACAGCUGAUAAUUGAGAUACCCUAUCUAUUUAUCCAAGCUGCUGAAGUUCUGAUAAUCACAUAUCCAAUGAUUGGAUAUUAUGCAUCUGCUUAUAAGGUUUACUGGUACUUCCAUGCCAUGUUCUGUACACUGUUGUACUUCAAUUACCUGGGAAUGGCGCUUGUAUCGUUGACACCAAACUUCCUGGUGGCUGCAAUUCUUUCUUCAGUCUUCUAUACACUUGGUAAUCUUUUUGCCGGGUUUGUAAUCCCACAACCGCAAAUUCCAGGAUGGUGGAUAUGGUUAUAUUACCUGACUCCUACUUCUUGGUCCCUAAGGGGGAUGCUUACUUCACAAUAUGGUGAUAUCCAGAAGAAGAUUCUGGUAUUUGGUGAAACUAAAUCAGUGGCUUCAUUUUUGAAAGAUUAUUUCGGGUUUCAACAUCAUCAGUUGCCACUAACAGCAGUUGUUCUCAUAUUAUUCCCACUGGCUUAUGCUUUUCUUUUUGCAUUUUGUGUUGGAAAAUUGAACUUUCAGAGGAGGUGAUGAUAUUCAGUUGAAUAACCAGCUGUAGCUUUUCUUUGUAAAUGAUGUACAUUGGCUAACAAAUCUUGUUUCCUUGUCUUUUUUGACGAUUCCACCAAAGACUAUAUCUUGAUAGCCUGAUGUUACAUUUGAGAAUACUUAUCCAUUGGUUGCUUUGCUUUUGGUUUUUUGUCAUAUUAUUAUCUUAAAGAUAUAUAAAAUAUUAAUUAAAAU